AUGGACCAGGAGAAACUGGAACCAACAUCAGCUGCCACGCCGGGACUGCGACAGCAUAAUGAAUCGCCCUCUCAAAAAACAGCUUGGCCUAGGUGGGACAGGAAGGGCCGGGAGAGGAGCACCAUAGCCCGCCUGUGCACAUGGGUUGUAGACCAUCAGAUCAGCAUAUCGCUGAGCCUCAUAUCGACGCUAUUCUUCCUCCACAUAUUCUUCCCCUCGACCAGACACCACACUCAGAAGUUCUUCCGAAUCUCCUACUACAACCCUGCCACGGGGAACUUCGCCCUCGGCUGGGACGACAUAUUCUUUGUCUUCUACUGGACGAUAGCCUUUACCGGACUCCGAUGCGCCACGAUGGAUUAUGUUCUUGCUCCCCUAGCUGGAAUCCUCGGUGUCAAGAAAAAGAAGGCAAAGGUCCGAUUCGCCGAACAGGCCUGGAUUCUCUGUUACUAUACCGUUUCCUGGUGCAUUGGCAUGUACAUCAUUUACAACUCGGACUAUUGGCUCAACUUGCGAGCCUUGUGGCGCACCUGGCCCGCCCGUGAGAUGGAGGGCAUUGCGAAAUGGUACUACCUCGUUCAAUUUGGGUUCUGGCUCCAACAGAUCGUGGUGGUCAACAUCGAAGAGCGCCGCAAGGACCACUGGCAGAUGUUUACUCACCAUAUCUUUACGUGCGCGCUCAUCUUUACCUCCUAUGGCUAUCAUCAAUACCGUGUCGGCACCUUGAUCCUUUGUCUCAUGGACUUCGCCGAUAUCAUUCUCCCGCUUGCCAAAAUUCUCAAGUACCUCCAUUUCGAACUCGCUUGCGACAUAGCUUUUGGCGUUUUCAUGGUCUCCUGGUUCGCCCUGAGACACGUCCUGUACAGCAUGGUCUGGUAUAGCAUCUAUGCGCACAUUCCGCAGGAAAUCCGGUACGGCUGUUAUAGGGGGAGUGCGCAGGACCUCGAGGGGCCCAUCCCCACGCCCGAUGACUGGGAUCAUUUGAUCCAGCCGUUCAAGAACCCUGUUGGACUAGUCUGCUGGAACAAUAGCAUCAAAUGGGGAUUCCUGAGCAUGCUUGCAGCGCUCCAGGUCAUCCUGAUUAUAUGGUUCGGUAUGAUUGUCCGAGUGGCUUACAAGGUCAUCACCGGAAAAGGAGCAGAAGACGUCCGUUCCGACGAUGAAGAUGAUGAAGAGGAGGACGGCGAGAUGGAUGAUGAGAAGUGCCCUAGAGAUUACGUGGACAGGGUCAAAUUCUGCGUUGAUCCGCAGGUCGAGUACCUUGAAACCGAGGUUCUCAGUACGGAUACGAAUUUCUCAGUCUCGACGUCGUCGAAGGCGAGGACGAAAUCCCGAUCCAAGUCGAAAUCAGUCUCGCGGUCUUCGUCGUCGAAGGGCAGAAGAUCGAGUUCAGACUCGGUGACCGCAUCGUCAACGAGCAGUCUCAGGAGAAAACAAAAGCAUGACUCGGCGCACUCAUCGAGCGUCAACCUCCUAGGGCCAAGUAGCGACCGGAAAGAGCUCCUUGGUCGGAUCGGUUGCGACAAGGGUUCCAAUUCCGAGUAG